CAUGAUUCUUACAAUCACGAUUUACGAAAGAACGCGCGAAUUCUAAUCUGUCAAAGUAUUAUGGUUAUGUUUAAUUUGAAUUUGAAUUAUGUCAAAAUAAUUGAUAUACCGUAUAGAAGUUUUUUUGUGUAGUUUGAGUUAUUAUAUGUGAGAUUUGCAUCUGCUCUGUUGCAAAAAUGGAAAAAUUAGUGUUGAUGGAACUGUCCCGUUCGCUCAGUCCUCUAAUAUCUGCAUCUUCUUCAUCUGAUGAUGACAUAAAUAUAACUACCCAACGAAGGAAACGGAUACGAAUAAUGCACUACAUGGAUACAAUUACUUCAUAUUCAGAUGAAGAGUUCAAACAACAUUUCCGCUUAAAAAGAGAGACAGCAUUAAAAUUAAUUGAGUUAUAUCGCUCCAGUAUUAAAGCCUAUAAAGGAGGAUGGAACCAUAUUACGGCCGAAAAAGCCAUUUAUAUCACAAUUUGGUAUUUGUCUAAUAUGGAGACAUUUCGUCAAAUAUCUGAUAGGUUCGACGUGACUUUGAGUUGUGCACAUCAUGUAAUUAACGUAGUACUUGACUUUCUUGUUAACAAUAGUUCCAAAUUUAUAAAAUGGCCAUCAGAGCAAGAAGCCAAAGAAGAGGCGUAUUAUUUUGAAAAAAAAAAAGGUAUCGCCAAUGUUAUAGGGGCAAUUGAUGGCUGCCAUAUAAAAAUACAUAGACCUGUUAUUCACGAACAAGAUUAUGUGAAUAGAAAAGGUUAUCAUAGCAUAAUAUUACAGGGUGUGGUUGAUUCAAAGAUGAAGUUCAUAGAUAUUUCAACUGGUCAUCCUGGAUCAGUCCACGAUGCGAGAGUUCUUAGAAAAAGUUACAUGUAUAAUGCAGCAGUUGAAAACUAUCAGACUACGUUUUUUAAUAAGUACCGCCUAGUGGGCGAUUCUGCGUAUCCCUCACUAAAAUGGCUUGUGGUUCCUUAUAAGGAUAAUGGGCAUCUUAGUGAUGAACAAAGGGAUUAUAACUACAGGCAUUCUGUAACUAGGAUUAUAGUGGAGCAUGCUUUUGGAGCAUUGAAAGGAAGAUUUAGAAGAUUAAGAUAUUUUGAAAAUUUAAAGCUAACAUUUAUCAUAAAAUGUGUUGUUGCCGCAUGUGUUCUGCACAAUAUAUGUUUAAUGGGUAAUGACAUUACCGAAAAAAUCUAUGAUGACGAAAUAAAUGAGUAACUUUUAUUAAAUA